AUGAGGUUUUCACUCCCAGUCCUCGCACUUACUGCUGCUUCCAGCGUCUCGGCCGCUGAUUUCUACGCUUCCUACUUCCCUACCAACGAUUGUUCUGGAAAUAGCGAUGGUGUCAAUAUUUUCCAUGACGGCACCUGUGUCAACAAAGCUGUUGCUGGCUCCGGCUCUAUCGCACUGAGGGGUGAAAGCGCUUCCAUCGCUGGCUGGACUGGAGCUGACUGCACUGGCAGCAUCGUCAUCCGAGCGUCAGGAAACACUUGUGCACCCCUGACCGGAACUGCUGUUGUCAGCUGGUCCACCGUUUAG